AAAUUAGUUAUCUUCAGAUAGAGCCAGAAGUCAUCAAUGCAAAAUCAUAUCUUAUCAUUAAAUCUUGUUGUAUGGAAAAAAUUAUGACAUCAUAGAAAACAAUAAUUAACUGUUCAUCUCUUGAUUGAUACAGCACGAUACAGGUCAUUAUUUCUACCUGUUUCUACCACAAGUUAAAAUUCUAUAAUGUUUGGAAUAAUAUUUUUGAUAACCCUGCUAAUAAUAAAUUUAAAAUCAACAACAUCAUUAGAAGAUUCGAAAUAUUGGAGUAAAUCAGCUGAGCAAGAAAUAAAAGAAUCAUUGUCAUAUAAAUGGAACGAAAACAUUGCUAAAAAUGUCAUAAUAUUUAUUGGUGAUGGAAUGAGUAUUGACACAAUAACAGCAAGUAGAAUUUACCACAAAGGAGAAACGAAUUAUCUUGGUUGGGAAAAGUUUCCCCAUAUUGGAUUAAUCAAGACUUACAAUACAAAUAAAAAAGUACCUGAUUCAGCAUCAACAGCAACAGCAUUAUUCAGUGGAAUCAAAACAAAUUUCAAUGUCAUUGGUGUUAAUGUUAAUGUCGAGUUGAAUGAUUGUGAUGCUAGUUUAAAUACCAGUAAUCAUGUUGAAUCGAUAAUUGGCUGGGCUCAAAAAGCAGGAAAACAUACAGGAUUUGUCACAACAACCAGAGUAACACAUGCAACACCAGCACCACUUUAUGCACACUGUCCAAAUCGUGGAUGGGAGUGUGAAAAUAAAAUUCCAAAUGAUUCGAAAAAAUGUAAAGAUAUUGCUAGACAGCUGGUGGAAGAUUAUCCUGGAAAAAAUAUAAGAGUUAUUAUGGGUGGUGGACGACAAGUAUUACAAUCAAAUGUAACAUCAAAAGAACAUGAUCCAAUUGAUACAUGGGCAUGUUACAGUAGUGAUGGAAGAGAUUUAAUAUCAGACUGGGCUAAUGAUAAAAAACAACAAAAUGUUAAUUAUAAAAUCAUUGAAAAUAAUGAACAACUUAAAAAUAUUGAAGCAGAUAAAAUUGAUUAUCUUUUGGGUAUAUUUGCAAAUGGACAUAUGAGUAUGGAUUGGGAAAGACAAAAUGGUCCAGAUGGUCAACCAAGUCUUGAAGAAAUGACAACAGCUGCAAUUGAAGUUUUAAAAAAAUCUAAAAAUGGAUAUUUACUUGUGGUUGAAGGUGGACUUAUUGAUUUUGCUCAUCAUCGAGGACAUGCUGCACAAGCACUGAGAGAAACAGCAAGAUUAUCAGAUGCUGUUAGUAAAACAUUAAAACUUGUUGAUACUGAUGAGACACUUGUCAUUGUCACCAGUGAUCAUUCACAUUCAAUGUCUUUUAAUGGCUAUGCUGAUCGUGAAUCAUCAAUUCUUGGUAUUGCAAUGAAAUCGAAAUAUGAUAAAAUUCCAUUUACAACAUUGACAUAUGCAACUGGUGGUAUUAAUAAUUUAGCUUAUGAAAUAAAUAUAGAAAAUAAUAAAAGUCAAAGAAUUGAUCCAUCAAAAUCAGAUACAACUGCAUUUAAUUAUAGUCAACAAGCUGCAAUCAUAACAGAUGAAGCACUUCAUGGUGGUGGUGAUGUACCAGUUUAUGCUAUUGGUCCAUUUGGACACUUGUUGCACUCAACUCAUGAACAAAAUUAUGUUGCUCAUGUCAUUGCUUAUGCCUCAAAAAUUGGACCAUAUGCCAACAGUGAUACAUCCAAUUUUCAUAGCUUUAAUAAAAAUUUUAUACUAGUUAGUAUAUUAUUUAUUUCAAUUAUAAUAAAUAAAUAUUUUUUUACAAAUUUUACUUGAAUCAUAAAAUAUUGAUAAAUAUAUAAAUUUGUAAAUUAAAAUUUCAUUAAACUUUGAUAAUUUGCUUUAAAAAAAUUUAUAAAUAUAUGAAAUUGAUUUUUCAAUUUUCAUUAUUAUUUGAAUAAUCAUUACGUAAUAAUUAAGUUGUUGAUAUUCAAAGUAUUAUUUUGUAAUAUAUAAAAAAACAGAAAAAAAAAGUUGAGAUAUAAAGAAAAUAAAUUGCAAUUUUUUUAAUAGAAA